CCGGCUACAUAAUUUAAGGUGCGCGGUGGUAUAAAAGUGGAGGACAGUGGGCACUGGUCCAGUCGUCCUCGACCAUGAUAUUCUCAUUGGCAGUAUUGGCGCUUCCAGCGUUCAUCCGCUCGUCUGUGGCGGAGAGAGCGUUCAACCAGAGUGCGGAGUACGACUCUGGUGCGCUUGGGCUGAGUCCGACGCAGCAGUUUGUGGCCGCGACCGACUAUAAGCCGGUGCAACUCAAUUAUCAGUUGCCUGUCAAUGACUCUACGGUCGACAAGCUGUCCUCCGGGCUCUUGUUCUUUGCUCCUCAGGGUAGCGAUGUUGAGCAGGUCGGACCACUCAUCAUCAAGCAAGAUGGCACCGUGGUCUGGUCCGGGGCGGAAUACGCGUCGCCCUCGUUCCACGUCGAGAAGUACCUGGGCGAAGACCAUAUCAUCCUAUGGCAGGGCGACUUCCAGGUUGGCGGCUAUGGGUACGGCCGCUGGAUCGUCCUCAACAACAAGUAUGAGGUCGUCGCAAACUACUCGACUGUCGGCCUGCUCAACGACACGAACUCUGACUUGCACGACUCCCAUAUCUAUGACGGCGUCCUGGCCACCAUGACGGCCUAUCUGCCCCAGCCUCAUGACCUUAGCAAGUACGGUGGACCUAGCGAUGGAUACAUUGCAUCCGCGGUCGUGCAGGAGAUCAACAUCACGUCUAACGAGGUGCUGUUUUCUUGGGACUCCCUCGACCACGUGGACCCCGCAGACUGCUAUUACCCGCUCCCCGAAGGAUAUGGCACGAACUCAUCAAAACCUUGGGAUUACUUCCACAUCAACGCCAUCGACAAGGACGCCGCGGGUAACUAUCUGAUUUCGUCGCGGUAUUGCCACACGCUUUUCUAUCUCGACGGCUCCUCCGGUGAUAUCCUUUGGCGACUCGGCGGGAAGAACUCGACCUUCACUAUCGGUGAGGGUGCCGACUUUCAAUGGCAGCACGAUUGCCGGUGGAGGAGCAACAACACCAUCUCGCUCUUCGACAACGCCGGCAAGGAAGGGGAGGAGGACGCACCUUACUCGCGCGGCUUGCUCCUCGAGGUGGACUUUGAGGCGAAGAGUGUCGAGCUUGUGAAGGAGUUCAUCCCGUGGAACAAGACGGUGUCGCAUUCGCAAGGGAACGCGCAGUUCCUCCCGAACGGUAACGUUGUCAUCGGCUGGGGUCAGCAACCGUAUUUCCAGGAGUUCGACUCGGACACGAAUCCGCUCUGGGAGAUCCACUUCGGCAUAGGCGACGUUGAGGCUUACCGCGCGUUCCGCUUCAACUGGACCGCCCAACCCUCCACCCCGCCCUCCUUCGCCAUUGUCGGUGACUCCUCCAACCGCACCGGCUACGCUUGGUGGAACGGCGCGACUGAGCUCGCCUCUUGGGAGCUCUUCGGCUCCUCCGGCUCUGAUGCGGUCAGCCUCGUCAACACUUCUCGCACUGACUUCGAGACGCCGAUUGUGUACGACUCUUGGGAUCAGUACUCGUCGUACAAGGUGGUGGCUUUGGAUAGCCAGGGCCAGGUACUGGGUACCUCGGAUGAUAUCUCGCCCUUGUGAUAGCAAUGGAUCGAGUAAAAAGGAAAAGUCCUC